AUGUUUAACGAUGGUGUCCAUGCUGGCGGGACCGCCCUUCGAGAGGAUUACGGUUAUGAUCGGUCCGUGCAGCAGAUGUUGCUGCUGGCGAAUCGCCUGAAUGUAAGUGGUGGUCUGCAAGCGGAUCCCACCAGCGACCGCGUUGGGCUGAUGGAUGACCCCACGGCCAGUGUGCGGUUGCUAAACUCGUACAACACCUACGGACAGCUGCCGGGGUUGACGACGGCCUCGAGUGUGCUGGCUGGCAACGGUUCCACCCUUUACCAUCAGACCACACUGCAGCAGCCCCCGCUACCGGACGCAUCGCUGGUGCCGCUGUCCGAGGAGGUCCAACUGUUUCAAUACUACUUCGAGGUGAUUAACACGAUCAACUUCUACUACGUCCCGGCGCUCGUGCUGUUCGGCAGCAUCGGCAACAUCCUCUCGGUGCUGGUGUUCUUCAAGACCAAGCUGCGGAAGCUAUCGUCGUCCUACUAUCUGGCCGCCCUCGGUCUCAGCGACACCUACUACCUGGUCUGCCAGUUCGUGGCGUGGCUGUCGAUGAUCGACAUUAAGAUCUACAUGCAGGAGCUAUACUGCCGCUUCUUCACCUUCUCCAGCACGCUCAGCUGCUUCCUGUCCGUCUGGUUCGUGGUGGCCUUCACGGUGGAGCGCUUCAUCGCCGUCAUGUACCCGCUCCGGCGCCAAACGAUGUGCACGGUGCGGCGGGCCAAGAUCGUCAUCCUCUCCCUCACCGUGGCCGGCAUUUUCGUCAGCUUGCCGAUUUUUUUCUUCGCCGCACCGCAAUUCUCCACCGCCUUGAACGAAACGCUCUGCGAUAUCGUGCAGGAGUACAAAGAACCGGCGGCGGUGUUCAACUUUUUGGACUUUAUCUUGGUGUUUGUAGUUCCGUUUACCAUAAUCGUUGUGCUGAACACAAUCACCGCGCUGACCGUGUGGAAGUUUGCCAGCAUAAGACGCACGAUGACCAUCCCACGGAGUUACGGUGCGAACGUGCGUGAGUCCCGACGACAGCUGAACAUAUCCAACAGCCAACACUUUGCCAAUGGGAACGUACCCGUCCAGCAGAUACAGUUCUUGAGCCGCAGCCGGGUGGCGAACUCACAAAUAAAGGUUACGAAAAUGCUGCUUAUCGUGUCGACGGUGUUUGUCUGCCUCAAUCUGCCCAGCUACAUCAUGCGAGUGAAAAUAUAUCUGGAGACAGAAUAUGCAAGUACAUACAUCUACCUGGUGCAGAGUUGCUUUCAGCUGCUUUUCAUGACCAAUUUCGGUAUCAAUUUUAUCUUGUACUGCGUCAGUGGGCAAAACUUCCGGAAGGCGAUUUUUGGCAUGUUUCAAAAGCGUAGUCAACGGCAGAUAAAUCUCGACCACACCUCUGGAACGCAGGUUACGGAGUUCGUCCUGCGCGCCAACGGUUCCAAGAUGCGGCGAAAUACGACCGUUGCGGAUACCGCCGACGCGACAACGUGGCGAGAGCUGGGCGAUUUUGAAAUAACUAACUUUAUCAAAUAGCUAAGUGAUGUGGAUGACCACAAUGAUCGAAGUGUGACAUCAACCGAGUUUAUACGCCAAUUGUUUAAAGUUAUGUACUCAGAAUGAAAUCAAAUUUCAUGUGAAAAGUGUUAUCUGAU